GUCGCGAGAGUGAAAACGCGAAAUGCCGAUAGUCAUAACCGAUUUCCAGUGGAAACAAACAGAUCGGAAUAUUAUUGUAACGGUACCUUUGAGGGGUGUACAUCCGUCCAAAGCCGACAUACUCGUUUCGUCCCGUUAUGUCAAGGUCUCGUUCAGCCCCUUCAUUUCCGAAAUACUGCUUUUGAAUCCCAUCGAAACGUCGCGUAGCAAAACCACAAAGACAUCCUCCGAAAUUGUGUUCGAGUUGGAAAAACGUGACGAGGGAUCGUGGCCUAGUCUAGAAGUGAACCUGCCCAAGGCCGAAAAGCUCGCCCUCAAAAAUCAAUCCAUCGAAGAACAUUUCGAAAGCAUCAGAGAAGCGUGCGAAGCUAGACGAAUUCAAAAAGCGACUCUAAAAAAACUCGCAGUAAGCGAACAGAUCGAACUAGAUAGCCGGACGCGAAAUAGAAUAGAAGAAAAGAAGAAGAACGAAGAGGAAGCGGCUCUAGGAGACCUGAACCGCUGGAAGAAACAUCUGGAGCGUGCGUCGAGCAGAAAAGAUAAGGAAAAAGUCGUUCCUAAACCGCGUUCGACUCGAUCGCUACAGGUAUUAUUUUCCGAACGGGAGUUCCCCACUCCCUCUAGGGAAUCGCUACUGGAAGAAGAAGCUGAAUUUUUGCGCAAGCAAGCGGAAGCGAAAAGAUCCGCAGGGUUCGUGCAAGAAGAUUUGCGACCUGAAGAGAAAAAUCCGCAGUACUUGCUGGCGAAAGGAAAAGAGUUUUUGAGUAGUGGUAAUUUUUUAGGGGCCAUCAGUGCGUUUACGUUCGGAAUGAAACUCAGCCCUAAGUUUAUUGAAUUAUACGUGGCUAGAUCUGAAGCGCAUCUAAUGGCUGGCAAUUAUUGCAGAGCUGUGGAUGAUUGUUCAAACGCUUUGGAGUUGCUGAAACCGGCAUUGCCCGUCAAUUUGGUGGCAAGGGCUUUAUGUAUCGGUAGACGAGGCGUCGCCCUGUGCAAAUUGGGAUUACUUAAGCAAGGCUUAACUGAGUUUGAAGCCAGUUUGAGGUUGAAGCCCAACUCUGAGUUCGAAGCUGCUCUAGAAGAAACGAGGAGAAAACUGGAGGAAGCGAAUUGUCAAUGAGGGGGUUUAGUGGACCGCAUUGGCAACUAAUAUGCUAAAAAUGGUUCUUCAAGAGUUUGAAGGUCGCUUAUUUUUGUACCCAUCUAAUUACAAAUUUAUUUUAAAUUAAAUUGGUUAAAGUUCCAAAAAAUGCUAAGUGCACUUGAAAUCAAUUGCAAUUUUUUGAUGUCAUAUUGGUAGCUAAUUUUGAAUAUUUUUUAUUUGGAUCUUGUACAAACUACGUAAAUUAGGCUAGCAUUUGUUUAUACCUGCGUACAAAGAUUCUAGAAAAAAGAAAUUAGUUUUAAUAUUAUGGUUAUUGUUUUCAUAGAAAAUCGAAUCUUGAGAUCAAGUUUUCUAAUAUUUGCUAUUUAUAGUCACAGUAAAGUGCAAGAUGUUGCAUGUACAAAAGGUUUUUAUCAAUAAUAAAUUUCCGCAUAUUGUCCUAAUCAUCGUUGGAUUGAAUUCCUGAAACCAAAACAUGGCGGUUUACUGCUUAGAAGAAGUAAUAUUAUUUUUUGAUGUUAACCAAAAACCCUGGAAAUUGGUGUAAGACAGUGCAUAUUGCAUACAAGAAGUUAAAAGAGAGAGGUUUCGGUAGAGAAGCUCACUCAUAUAUCUCAUAUAUACCCUACUACAUAUGAUUCGUAAAUAGAGUAAAAUACAUCAGAUGCAACUUUUCAAAAAUAUACACGGCGUUUUCUAAUUUAAUGGUCGUAUGAAGGCCGCCUGUAAAAUACCUAAUUACACGCCAAUCUAGCGUGCGGGAAGCGUCACUUUACCGCGUCAGUUUCGUUUCCCACUGAUCUGAGUCACUUCGGACAUUUCCGAGAUUUUACCGCACGGGUUUGGGGGCAAUCGGAUGUUUUCGGUGAUAUUUCCCACGCUUUGAAUUUUGACAUUUGUCAAUUCUGACAGCUAUGUCAGUGAAUGUAUUCGUGUUGUUUUGCUAAAGUGUACCCAAAAAGUAUAGUGUAGCGUAGAAAAAGUAUAGUGUGCAACCCGUUCGGUAAACUUUUUAAGUCACUCGUUUAUUAAACACUCGAACACUCGCUCGGCUCGUGUCAAAUGAACCGUUUACCGCACUUGUUGCAUAAUAUACUAUUAAUGACAUUUGGUUACGGAUGAUAUGAGUCUUGCGGCAAUUUUCAAAUUAUUCAUUUUUUUUUAUUUCCAUCAGUGGCGUUCGUGUGAAAUUUGAUCCGCAUAUAGGGACCGACAUUGAUGUUUUAUCUGGUAGCUACGGGCAAAUGAAAGAUCUGUCAAAAUUACAACCCAAAAAUCGAUUUGACCACUUCAUCGCUCUUCCAAAAAAAAAAAAUAGGAAAAAAGACAAAGCGGUUUCGCGUACGAUACGCGAUAGAGCGGCGUGUCAUUUUCCGCCUCCGACAAAGUCACAACAAACACCAAGGGCUGCAGUUUACGCAAAAAGCAACUACGUAAUCGACGCCCAUUCAAAUAAAGUAAAUAAAUUAUAGUAUUUACCGCGGCGGCAAAUUAACGAUUGCACGGCGGGCAAUUUAACUUCUCGCCUCCCCGCCCCCGCCACCCCCCGGCGGCCCCCUCCUCCGGACUCUAUUGGGAAAAUUGCAGCAGCCUAUGCAAACAGCACUCGCUUAAUGUACAAACCCGAUGCUAAUUCCGUGGAGCUUAAACAGUUCGGACUUAUUCGCGUGACGACUGUACAUUGUAAUUUUCCUCAGCGGAUUUAUCGCCUCUCGUCUGUGAUACCAUUAUAGCGCCCUUAGUUCGAGCCGGGGGGGGGGGGGUGAGCGGGCUUAAACGCGAUUUAAUAGAAAAAUUAGUCGAUACUUGUUCGCGGGUAACGAUAAGAACGGUUCGUGUGAAGGUAGGGGAAACGUUGAGAUUCGACAAGUAGUUUUCGGAGUUUGAGGAGCGUUUGUAUAUAAUGCGACGUGUCUUAUAACUUAAUUUCGAGGUCUGGUCUGGUUUUGACUAAACUGUGGAUAAUUACGUACAAAUUUAAAUGAACCCUUUAUAAAAAAUAACAAACAACUUUUUGCUGAUAAGAUCCAGUUUACUAGUCAUACGAUGUCUACCAGAGGACGGAAUUAAUUUUCCAUUGCUAGUCAUAUCUUCACUUUAUUUGAAAAAACACCAAAAUAUGCUAUCAGAAGUUAUAAUGCACUCCUCGAUAAUAUUAAAAAUAAAAAUAAAAUUAAAAAAAAAUCAAAAGAUUGCUUUGUAAAUAAUUGUUUUUAUAGCAUUUUAAGAAUAUCUUAAUAAAGAAUAGUAGUAUUGUAAGGAUUUAUACUAUUUUUUAUUGUGAAUGUUUUUUGUCUUGAACUAAUCAUCUAAUGAAGUAAAUUUUGUCCUUGUAAGUUUUAUAUUAUGUUACUGUAUUGUGUGGAAUAUGUAUGUUGUCGCCAAAUGUUAUAUACAUUUUUACUGUACGUCUUCACAUUGUUACAUCCUCUGUGUAGGAUUAUAUAACAAAAUAAAUAAGAACUAAAAGUUCAGAUUUUCACGAAAUUAUAUAUAUUCCCAUUGCAAUUGUUUCGACAACACCUUGUCUUUAUCAAAUGUAACUACCUAACUUUAAUUAAUGUUGUUGUGAGAAUUUUAAUAAUGGAGAGCUAUUUAAAUGGACCGUUAAGCUAUACAUUUGAAUGUCUCAUUUUGUUAAUCUCCAUGGCUUCCAAUAAAUUUAAUUUUCUACUUUUUGUGGCUGUGUGUAAUACAUCACAAUUUUCGUCAAAAAUGUGUUUUACUGUGUUUAAGUGUGUAGCAUAAUUAGAAUCUAGACUAUUGUUUUUAAACGCUCUUAUAUGUUCGUUAGUGCGUUUCUUGAAGGAUCUACCUGUUUGUCCAAUAUAAAUUUUAGGACAAGAUCCACAUUUCAACCUGUAGACACCUGAUUUUUGGGAUUUUGAACAUUUCGUUUUAUUGUUUUUUAAAUAUUUUCCUAUUGUGUUGUUAGUUCUGAAAGCUAUUUUUAAACCACAUUUUGACUAAUGUUUUGAAACUUUUUCACUAGGUUCUCCUAUGUAUGUAAUUGUUUUAAAUUGUUCGUGUUCUAUAUUAGGUUUGGAGUUUACUGUUGUCUUUAUUUGUUUUUUAUUUAUAAUUUUAUCGUUAAUGGACGGAUUGUUUCCAUUGUUCAGUGCAAUUUGUUUAAUGAUAUUAAGUUUUUUGUUGUAAUUUUCUGUUGAGAGUGGCGUAUUCAGAAAUCUGUGCAUAAAAGAGUUAAAUGCAGCCAUUGUAUAAGGGUGAUUUCAGUUGUUAUGUAUGACUGUGUCCGUGUGUGAAAGUUUAUGGUAAAUGAAAAAAUCAAAUUUGUUUUGCGUUUUCCUAAUAGCUAAGUCUAAAAAAUUAAUAGAGUUAUCCUGUUCAAUUUCGAUAGUCCGUUCCAACAAAUCAAGCAAAGACAUAAUCCACGUAUCUAUACCACCAAAGAAAACUCUUACUUAAAGGAUGUUCUUGUAUGAUAUUUUCCAAAUUAUCCAUAAAUUAAUUAAUUAAUUAAAUUCAAAAUAAUUUUGGUCUAAAGAUACUAUUAAGCAAUCUAAUAAAUUAUUCUUUCACCAAGGGGUUAACCUAUUUUCCAGUGAGGGUGAAUUCUGCAAAAUCUAUCACAUCCAUAGGUGGAAUAUUGGGAAAUAAGUUUUGUACAUCAAAAGACAAUAGUGUUUCGUUAGAAGGGAUUUUGAUAUCAUUAAUUUUGUUGAUUAAUUGAAAAGAUUUUUUUAUUGCAAAUUUUGGUUUAAAAUCUGUGUGCUAUUCUAAACCAAAUUGCUGGAGCCGUUACAUAAGACACGACUGGUCUAAUGGGCAUAUCUUGUCUAUUAAAUUAAUUUAACUAAAGAAUAUAAUUUCGGAGGUUGCGGAUUCAUAAUUGUUAAUAAAUACUUGUCUUUGUCACUAAAUAGUGUGAAGUUAGUAAUUACUUCCUUGAUUUGUCUUUGAUAUAAUUCGGUAGGAUCGUGUUUGAUACAUUGGAAAAGUUCUGGUUUAAGAAAAUUGUGGUUUUUAGUUCCAAUUUGAAAAACAAUAGUCUAUAUUCCAAUUAUGCUACACACAUAAACCCAGAAAAACACACUUUUGACGACAAUUUUGAUAUUUUACUCACAGCCACAAAAAAUAGAAAAUUAAAUUUAUUGGAAACCAAAAUGAGACAUUCAAAUGUAUUGCUUAACGAUCAAUUAAACUUUCAUUCUCACAACAACAUUCUUUAAGAUUUUAUUGUCAUUUUUCGGUAUAUAUAGUAGCAGGUACUUUGUAAAUAUUACAUUUGAUAAGGACACGGCGUUGUCGAAAUAAUAUAUAAUUUCCUGAAAAUCUGAACUUUUAGUUCUUAUUUAUUUUGUCAAGUAAA